UGCCUUUGGGACUAUAACGAAUACUGAGCACAUCGGGUGAAAUGAUUGUAUCCGCAAAAUGGCUUAUCAGCAGUUUGUUGUAUCUGGUGUUGGCACAGCGUCCGGUCAUAGCGAAGGGCCGUUACAAUAUCAGUUUUGCGCAGUUGGAUACAUGCGAUAGCAUCGACAUUGAUGCGUCAAGUGGCUAUGCAUACAAGGAUUUUUUCAUGGUGCACACUUUGGACAACAACAAUGUCAAGUCAAAUGAGCGGCUGCAUCUCAAAUUUUACGUGCUGACUAGCAUGGAUGCGCAUAUUUUACUGUCGGUAACAAACCGGCCCCGUCCCAAUGAUCGCGUAUAUGAGAUCGUGAUAGGGGCCGGCGGAAAUACGUUUUCCACUAUUCGCACAAGCAUGGGCUUGCGGCGCGUCUCCACGAAUCAAGAUCCGCAACUGCUUUCGGUAUACGAGCCAACGCCCAUUGAAAUCGUGCAAACGAAAGAUGGCGACCUGUACGUUUACAUUCCCGGCUUCAAGAAGGAGCCACUGCUGCAUUUCCUCGACGCCUCUGCGCUCAACAUAAACUACAUAAGCUUCAGCACAUUCGGAUCGAACAGCGCACGUUGGUUCUACGACUGCGCCUUUGAUGGAUACCGCAAUGAAAUGGAGCAACAACAGCGACAGCAAUCAAACGAAGAGCGAUUGCUGGGUGAACUUAUUUACCAGGCUCAGAAUAGCAGCCUCCCCGGCAAUCUCAGUGAGAUUCAAUUCAAUUUUCAAAUGCGCUCCCUAUCCUACGAUCAGUCCAGUGCCUUGUUGCGGGCGCGCAUGCAGCUCAUGAUGCAUUGGCAAGAUGCCCGACUGCGCUGGCAGCCUGAGAGCUAUGGGCGAUUGACAUCCUUGAAGCAUCCCCAAUUGCAAAUAUGGACACCUCAGAUUGUGGUACUCAAUGGCGCCUUGGAGUCGUUGGGUGUGGCGCUGAAAAGCUUUGAGCUGCGCGUUUAUAGCAAUGGCAAUGUCAGCCUUUUAGCCAGCAACUGGGAACUGACAACGUGGUGUGUGGACACGGCGCGCAAUUGGCCCAACGAGCGUAUCAAUUGCGACAUUCAACUGGGCGUAGAUCAGAAUCAGGCCAACAUAGCUUUAACCUACGACAAUCGACAGAAGCCGCUGGCGCCCAACGAGCACGUUAACACGCCAUCCGGCUGGACAUUUGUGGAAAUUGCCGUCACGCAUGUGGAGAAUGCCACGACUUUCCGCUACACGCCCAAGGGCUUGCUUCAGACAAUGUCCGGCGAUGUGGCCAUUGGAUUUACGUUGCAGCGGAAUAGCGAAUUUUACAGACUUGUCUUCGUCAUGCCGCUCUUUGUAACUGAGAUUCUUUUAGCGCUUUCAUUUCUGUUGCGCGGCUAUCGACGCGGCGCCCUCGUACUCAUUGUCCUGCUGCUUACGGCCUGGGGUCUGAUGUACCUCACCCGCCACGCCUCGCCGCACUAUGUGCCGCCCUUGAUGUCGGUCUAUCAGCACAUUAUGAGGAUUUCCAUAUAUUGUUAUUUGCUGCACGUCGCCAUCAUGUGGCUGGAAUGCUAUCCACCCCGGGCCAAGGCGCCUGCUUGGCUCUUGGCCGUAAUAAACUCCACUCCACUGCGUUUAAUUUUAGGACUCCGAUUCUCUGAUGCUACGGCGUACUGUGAUAUUCAGGAGCAGCCGUGGCGCCAACUUGCAAAGAUUUUGAACAAUGCUAGCUUUAUUGGAGUCAAUAUUUGCUUUAUCGUAUUAAAUGUAAGAGAUCUGUACAGUAUUUAAAAUGAAAAAUGGCCCUAAAUCAUUUAAGGGCUUAAAUGAAUACAGAUUAGCAAAACAAAA